AUGGCGGCAAGCGCAAGGGCGCAGAAGCCCGUCGGCUCAGCGCCAUGGAUUGCAGCAGAGAAGGAAAACAUGGCCGAACUAGUGGAACAAGAGAUGGAAGAAGUGGAAUACCCUGUCCGACACGAAAUGGACUGGUUAAAUGAACAUAUGACCGAAAUCUUCUCCAAGGGCCAGGCGAACUUCGCGGACGUGUUCAAGACGCCCGGAAAGAUGAGAGGCAAAACGCCUCGAACGGCUCGAAAGCGUAUUCCCGAAGAGUCUCGAGUGCCCUUGAGCGAAAUCUUCUCAUCCGCCCAGAAACAAUUGGAAAAUCAAGCAAGCCCGAGCCCAUUCAUUCAUCGUGUUGUUUCCAAGCCCGCCCCCAUGGUGGCAUCGCCUGUGCCCCGCACCAAGACUGUGACGGAGCAAGCUUCGCAACCUGAAUACCCUGAUCUCACCCAAAAUCUGAACUCAUUCCCCACAUACAACACUGACUCUGGUUAUCAUGGCAUGCCCGAUGAUGAUGAGAUGGUACUCCCUGACGUGCAACAAGAAUCACAGGCUUCGACUCAGCCUUCUACCCAGCUUUCUACCCAGCCUUUCGAACAAGACGAGCCCAUGCAUAUGGAUACCCAAGAGGUCGACAUUUCGGUUAGUCAACAGACGAAUGAAGAAUCCUUCCACUCCGCACGGGAAGAGGUUCGCUCCCGCGGAGAGACCGUCGAGCCGAGCAAGAACCCAACCCCAACCCAGGAGCGAACAGCGCUUCCGGCCGCACCAGUUCCCCAAGAAUGUGAGACUGAAAUCAUGUCGACUCCGACUAAGAAAACAAAAUCGAAGUCAAAUGUCAAAACCUCGGAAACGCAACAUAGUGAGGACCCUGAACCAAAGGAGAGUGAUCCAGUUGUCUCGAAACCUGAGCCAACCUCAGAAAAGGCCGCAGUGGUCCCCGUGGCCCCUGUAUCCCAGGCAGCUCCAUCUAUCGAGACGCAAGAGCCUCAUCCGGAGGACGAGGAUAUGGAAGAUGCCACCGAAGAUGCUAUGAAAGACGACACAGUCCUCGACAAUCUUGAUGAUAUCGGCUCUCCUUCGGAUGGAUCUACUCCAGAUCGACCAUUCGCUCGGAAAAGCAGCCUGAGCUUUGCCACCCUCCCUGCGCGGGAACCUUUGAAGACCCGAACAAGCCAUAUUGACCUGGCGAAAAUGAGUACUGCCGGGCGUCCCAGUUACUUUGGCAGACAAACUGGUGGCCAUAAGAUUCCGCAAACUGCGGCAGAGGAUAAUGCAGGUUUCAGGGCGCUGGAAAUUGACAACGAGAAAGAACCAAGUGAAGAAGCGGAUCCUGAGCAGGCUACGAGAAUGCACAGCAAAAAAUCUACUCAGUCCUUGCAUGAUAGAAUCAGCAUGCUAGGCAAACUCCAGCCAUCCCGACCUAGAAAGUCAAUCCCAUCUGCUUCUGGGCUACCAGCUGGUCAGGUUCCCUACCCAGAUCUCGCAGCUUCCAAGGCCGAACCCAAGUCCGAAGCUUCGAACGAAGGGGUGCAUGAGGCUCCAGAGCCUAUUUCGACCACAGAUGUCAUGGAGAAGCUUGCUGAAUUCGAAAAGGCGCGAGCAGUCAACAAAAAGGAUACGUUGAAAACAGAGCCUGAACGCCCCAAAUCAUCUACCUCGAUGUUCUCUUCACCCCGACCCCACGGUCACCAGCAAAGCGCGUCUUUGACUCACAUUGCUGCUGAUGCGUCUACUACUCCAACAGGCUCGCCAAGGCGCUUCGACGGUCACAUCAGUGCUUCGAAGCUGAAACUGCACUCGAUUAUGAAAUCUGCCAAGGGCUUAUUCUCAAGCACUGGCAACACACCACGGAUUGAGAACUCAUCGCCUGAGCAGGCCCGCAUUCAGCCAAUCGCUGACACAUCCACUAAAAAUGCCAAACAUCUAUCGCAGCCGGUCCCUAUCACCAGUCCUCAGCGUCCGGAAGGCCGCCGGACACGAAGCUCAACCGAGAAAGAAGAGAAACGGCGCCAGCACGAACGGAAAGAGCAGGAGCGGGAGGACGAAGAAGAAGAAGCGCGCGUCGAGAGAGCUCGGGAACAAGAAAAACAAAGGGCUCUCCAGCUCAAAGCCGCUCAGGACAAUUCGUCAGUCGAGCCAGAAGAGAGGGCCGGCUCAGCAGUGAACAAGACCUCCCAGUCACAGCGCCAACAAUCGCGCGAACCUGAAUCAGCUCAGGAGUCUAGCUCAAGAUUUGCCAUCCCUCAACCGAAGCAAAAUGAUCGCCGUCCUCUCAAGCCCACUCGCGAGCCCAUGAAACGCCCAACGCCGCAACCCAUGUCAAUUCGUGUUGGAAGUACCAUGUCCCGUCAACAAAUCCCUGUCCCAUCGUCUUCGAGUGCACGGGAGUCGAGUGUGUCCGUGACCGCCUCUGCCCCUGCCCCUACCACGAAACCAACUCUGAAAAAGAAGGGUAGCAAUACAUCCUUACAUACAUCAUCUUCCGCAAGCAGCUUUAAGAGCUCUGUUUCCAGUCUAACGCAAGCCCAGCGUAAGGCUCAGGUUGCCAGCGACCGCAAGAAGGAGCAAGAACGCGAGGCACGUCGGAAGGAAGAACAAAAGCGUGAUCUAGAACGCAAACGUGCUGUCCAACAGCAACAGCAGGAAGAGGCCCGUCGUCAGGAGAUGAGGAGUCGAGCCGAAACUGAACGGGAGAGACAGGCUGAAAGAGAACGUCAGGCCGAACGGGAGCGCCGCGAACGAUCGGCUCAGGAAGAUCCAAACAAAGCAGCCCGUAUGGAGGCGAUCAAGAAGCGACAAGCAGAGAAUGCUCGGAAACAUGGGAGGCAAGGCAGCCAGCAGAUAGUCAACGAGGGACCAAUUCUACAGCACGAGCAGACGUAUUCUCAGUCUUCUCAGCGAAGUGACUUGGGUGCUUCCCGCCCUGCUUCCCGCUUGGGUAGCUCAAUUCAGCCAUUUGGUGGCCGCAGCAUCAACCCACCCGCACCAAACCCUGCCAAACCGCCAAAGAGAGGCAACGAGGAAACCAGCCACCGACCCGCGCCGGCUAACCCCAGUAAUGUGCAAUCAAGUGGCGAGUUCAAGCGGCGAAAGACAGAGGAUGAGCACAACCCCAUGCCACCUGUGCGCACAAUGGCGCAGCCUAUUCGUCAAUCGAACAUUAGAAAGCCUUCUACCCUUGGCCGUGGACAGUCUUCCAUGGCACCACAGUCUGCCUCUUCCAGCUACAGAAAUGCUCAACCUCAGCGACCCGCUCACCCGAUAAUCACGUACACGAACGGCAAGAUACCGUUUGCCGAACCAAACCAAGCGCCUCCACCCAGCGCACACAAGGCUGCUCCCAGCUCCGCCCAGCGCCCACCAGCCAAACCAUCUCCCAAGUACCCCAAUGGUGAGAAUAUUCACUUGCCGGAAAUCAACACUGAUAGUGAAGAUGACGACGACUCCGACUCCGAGAUGUUCCCUGUUCCCCCUUGGGCACAGGCGAAGGAGCUAGAGGGUCUUCUACGCAAACAGGAUGGCAUGGAAGUUGACUCGAUCUUCGGACCAAUCGCACCAUUCUCCCUUGAAGACACCUUCAAGGCGGACAAGAAAAUCAAGAAAUACCGUGACCGCACCAGUAGUGCGAACUGGUCUGGACCCGAUGGACUUACCCAAGAGGAGAUUCGGAAGGAUGUUGCCGAGCGACAGCGGUUGCGUCUCAAUGGUGGUUGGAGCUUCAACACCUAG